UCGCCUUGGCAACAGCGCUGACUGACAACACUGUUUGCGUUUUGAUUUCCACUCAAGGUUUCUUCAUUGCAGUUAACAGCUCUCAAAAAUGGAUUCGGAAGGCCUUCAUUUAAACAUUGACUAUGUCGGGAGCAGUGGAAUUAUCUUGAGUCCAGAACAAAAAGCAGCUUUACAAACUUCUCUUGUUAUUCUGAAGAAUUCCGGCAAAUUUCACAGAGUUUAUUUCUGGGGGAAAAUUCUUGGCGUUAAAGAUGAUUAUUUCAUUGCACAAGGAGUUGGUAGAGAUGAAAUGGAAAACAGGAAAACAUUCUACAGCAAAGAUUGCGUACAUUGGGGUCUGUUGCCACCAGCGACUAAAGCUAUGAGGGAACAAAGUAAACUCGCCCAAGGAAGAUUUACUGGUGAUCCCUCCUAUGAAUUUGAGCACACAGAACAGAAAAAGUCUGAAGAUGGCGAGGAAGCUGGGGAGGAGGAGACAAUCACAAUCAAAGAGGAGGACAGGCUUUCCUCUGUUAUUGCCGAGAUUGAUGAAGAUGUGAAAAUUGUUCCACGGUCAGCUUUCAUCAAGACUCCAGAUGGAAAAAUCAAUGCCAACAGAAGUUUUGAAGGUCUGUCAGUUUCUGAAUCUGCCAAGCUGUGCUCCUACAUGCACUUCCGUGACGCGAUCUGCCUCCAGGAGAAGAGCCUGCUCCAAAAAGCCAACCUUGACAAGGCCAUUGAUUUCAUGGACACCUUGGAGGAAGAUAUUCCUAAAGGAUCAUGGAGUUUGCAGUUUGAGCGCGGCAGUGGGCUGGUGACCCUCAGGAGUCUACUGUGGUUAGGUUACGUCUUCUACCACGUGCCCGGCACUCACAUGUACGGAUCUUGUUAUGUUGGCAAUGGAGAGAAGAAUCUAGACCUUCCAUUCAUGUUGUGAGGGCGUAAAAUGACUGUGUAACCAUCGUAAUCAGUGAAGAGACCUCAUGUUAGGAAGUCCUGAUUCAUUGUCAAAGGCUUCUCAUUGUUACUUGUACAUAUCCCUAUUUACUAUGAAAAAAUUAUGAAAAUCCAUUAAAUUAUUCUAAUUUCA